CCGACUCGCAAACUUUGCGCACUAAAUGCAAGGCAAAAACCGACCUUUCAACUAAAUCAAAACCUUGUCUCUAAAAUCUCUCAUGUAACGGUCCUCAGAAUUCUAAGGCUUAAGCAACCGAAGAUUAGCUCAAAAAACACCUUAGUAGCUGACAUGUUCCUUUCUUCCCUCCCCUUGUUACUAUUAUUUUUCAUUAAGUUAAACCUCACUUAAUUAGGUGAAAAGUCCAUUUUUGAAUCAAAACUUUCAAAGUUAAAAUCAGAGUUCCCAUGAACUUCUACCGCUCUGUUUCUUGCUCCGUUCUUUUUGCUUCAACUUGAAAAAAAGAGAUUGAUGGGUUAUAUUGAUGGGUACCCAGAAGAAGUUUUGAUCAAUACCCAUUUUUUUUGGAAUAAUAUGAGUUCGUUUAAGGUGCUUCUCUUUCAAAAAAUGCUUCCUUUUGGUGGGUUCUUGGUCUCCAUCUCUGCCCUGUUUUUCUCUCUGUUUGAUUUCUUCGGCAAACUUUUAUCCAGGAUUCAAAGAAAUAAGCUUUCUCAAUCAAACAAUCAGAUUCAUAUUGAGGCAGAGGAAGAAGCAGAGGAAACCAAAAAUGAUGCUUCUGAAUUGAAGGAGACAGAGAGUGACGUGGUUGAAGAAAAGGAGUCACCAAAGUUCUUUUUCAAGUUUCAGUUUCAAACUCAGACUUUUGAAGAAUUUAGCAGGAAGUUUAGAGGAGAUGAGAAUUAUAAUGUGGGCCUGGAAUCGAGUCCUUCUACAAGCACAAACAAGUAUGAGUUCAAGUCGGGGAAGGAUUUCAGCUGUAUUUUUGAGAAGCCAGAGGAUUUGACCUUUUGUGUUACAGAAUUUUAUGCUAAUUCAAAAAAUGGGUUCUUGUCAGAAAAGGAUUUCAUGGAACGAAAUUUGAAGGAUGAAGCAGUGCCUGAAGUAACAGAGAAGGAAGACAAAGUGCCAGAGAAGAGUCUGCUCGAAGCAGAACAAAGUGAAGAAACGGUUUGUGAAGAAGAUGCGGUUGGUGAGGAGAAUAAUUUGCCAAAUCAACAAGAAGUUUCAGGGAAUUUUCAGUUUUUUUCUGAGAAAGACUUCACUAUUUCGGAGGCUGAGACGGAUUCGAUCACUUCAAGUCCUGAGUAUAUGAGUCAAUUUAUUGGUUCAACUAGUGAUGGAUUUUUAUCAGAUAGAGAUUUUGAAGAAGAUUUUGAGGCUGAUUGUUUAAGGAACAUUGGUAAAGAUGUGGGAGACUUAACUAAGGAAGAUUUUGACAUGCAGGAAGCUGAUGAUUUUGAUACGGAAGAUAGAGAUAUAAUGGAAGAGCUAAGAAAAUUAGAAGAGUCUCAAAAAUGGAAUGAGGACUCCAAGCAAGAAGAAGUUAGUGCCAAUAACAAUGGAUCCGGAAAUACCUUGGAUAAUUCAAAAAAUUCCAAUUUAGAUAAUUCAUAUGCAUCGGAUUCUGAUGAUUCAAAUGGAUUGGAGACUUUGUGGGAGCAUCAGGAUCUGAUAGAACAGCUCAAGAUGGAGUUGAAAAAGGUUAGAGCCAUAGGCCUGCCUACUAUCUUAGAAGAAUCAGAGUCUCCAAAGAUAAUGGAUGACUUGAAGCCUUGGAAGAUUGAUGAGAAGUUCCAUCAUGUAGAUAGAAUGAGUGAGCUUCACAAAUUCUACAAAAGUUACAGAGAAAGAAUGCGAAAAUUCGAUAUCCUCAAUUACCAGAAGAUGUAUGCAAUAGGCUUUCUUCAGUCAAAGGAUCCACUUCAAUCAAUUUCAAACCACAAAUCAUCCUCACCUCCAGCAAUCACAUCUCUUCUCUCCCAGAACCUUAGGCUAGGAAGGCAGAAAAAGUCCAAGCUCGACCCCAUGAAAAAGUUCAUUAAGGAGCUGCAUAGUGAUUUGGAAAUCGUCUAUGUAGGCCAACUGUGUCUUUCUUGGGAAAUACUGCAUUGGCAAUAUGAGAAGGCAAUUGAAAUAUGGGAAUCAGAUCCUUAUGGCAUACGUCAAUACAAUGAAGUUGCCGGUGAGUUUCAACAGUUUCAAGUGCUGAUGCAAAGAUUUAUAGAGAAUGAGCCCUUUGAAGGGCCAAGGGUUCAGAACUAUGUUAAAAAUCGAUGUGUUCUACGUAAUCUCCUUCAAGUUCCAGUUAUCAGAGAGGAUAGCAUGAAGGAUAAAAGGAAGGCUAGAAGAAAGGGAAGAGAUGAUGAUGCAAUUUCAAGUGACAUGCUCGUAGAGAUCAUGGAAGAAUCAAUAAGAAUAUUUUGGCGAUUUGUUCGAGCUGAUAAAGACGCAAAUUUUGUGAUCCAGCAGACCAGGAAAGGAACUCAAGUAGAACCCUUAGAUCCAGCAGAUCUUGAACUUCUAGCUGAAGUUCAAACAAGUCUACAAAAGAAGGAUAGGAAGCUUAAAGAUAUACUAAGAAGUGGAAACUGCAUAUUAAGAAAAUUCAGAAAGAAUCAAGAAGAGAGUUCAGAUCAAGUCCUUUAUUUCUUCUCUCAAGUGGAUUUGAAAUUGGUGGCAAGAGUUUUGAACACGUCAAAAGUAACCAAGGAUCAGCUUUUAUGGUGCCACAGCAAAUUGAGCAAGAUUAGUUUUGUUAAUAGGAAGAUAAAUGUAGAACCAUCGUUUUCGCUUUUCCCAUGUUAAUAUCUAAAGAUAAUAUAGCCAUUUUUCUUGUUGCA